AAAAGGAGAAAAAAAGAAAGAAAGAGAAAGAGUACAAAUUCCAAGUUCCAGAGAGAUCGCAUAAAGUUCGGAAAUGUUGAAUUUCUCUCUCUGAUGACACACCCUCUCCUCCAUUUCCAACUGCCAACACUCACACACUCACAAACAAACACACCUUCUCUAUCGUCUCUCGCGUUUUCAUAGUCGCCAUAAAAAAAAAAAAAAAAAAGACAUCUCUCUCUCUAUCACUUUGAUCAUUUUCUGUGAAUAGAAAGAUGGCGGGAAAUGAUUGGAUAAACAGUUACUUGGAGGCGAUCCUGGACGUCGGGCCGGGUCUGGACGACCCGAAGAAAUCGUCGCUGUUGCUCCGAGAGAGAGGACAUUUCAGUCCCACUCGAUACUUCGUCGAGGAAGUCAUCACCGGCUUCGAUGAGACCGAUCUCCACCGAUCCUGGGUUCGAGCUGCGGCCACCAGGAGUCCACAGGAGAGGAACACGAGAUUGGAGAACAUGUGUUGGCGGAUUUGGAAUUUGGCUCGCCAGAAAAAACAGUUUGAGGGAGAAGAAGCUCAGCGUGAAGCUAAGCGCCAUCUUGAACGUGAAAGAGGCCGCAGAGAGGCAACAGCUGAUAUGUCAGAAGAUUUGUCUGAGGGUGAAAAAGGAGAUUUGGUUGGUGAUCUUUCAGCUCAUGGUGAUAGCACUAGAGGAAGAAUGCCUAGAAUCAGUUCUGUUGAUGUUAUGGAGAACUGGGCCAAUCAACAUAAGGAGAAGAAACUCUACAUUGUGUUAAUAAGCCUUCAUGGCCUGAUACGUGGUGAAAACAUGGAGCUUGGUCGUGAUUCUGAUACAGGGGGUCAGGUCAAGUACGUAGUAGAACUUGCCAGGGCCUUAGGUUCAAUGCCAGGUGUUUAUCGGGUUGACUUGCUGACAAGACAAGUGUCAGCUCCAGAUGUAGAUUGGAGUUAUGGUGAACCAACAGAAAUGCUCAAUCCAGUAAACUCUGAGAAUUCAAUGCAGGAGCAUGGGGAGAGUAGUGGGGCAUAUAUAGUCCGUAUACCAUUUGGCCCAAAAGAUAAAUAUAUUCCUAAAGAACUCCUUUGGCCCUACAUUCCUGAAUUUGUUGAUGGUGCACUUCACCACAUUCUACAGAUGUCCAAAGUUUUGGGUGAGCAAAUUGGUGGUGGGCAACCAAUCUGGCCUGUUGCAAUCCAUGGACAUUAUGCAGAUGCAGGUGACUCUGCUGCUCUCCUGUCAGGAGCUUUAAAUGUACCUAUGCUUUUUACUGGCCAUUCUCUAGGACGAGAUAAGCUUGAACAACUUUUAAAGCAAGGACGACAAUCAAGAGAAGAGAUAAAUUCAACAUACAAAAUAAUGCGGCGGAUAGAAGCUGAGGAGCUAGCUCUUGAUGCAACAGAAAUUGUUAUAACCAGCACUAGACAGGAGAUAGAACAGCAAUGGCGCCUAUAUGAUGGCUUUGAUCCAAUACUAGAACGCAAACUGAGAGCAAGAAUAAAAAGGGGUGUGAACUGUCAUGGCAGGUUUAUGCCUCGCAUGAUUGUAAUUCCACCUGGGAUGGAAUUCCAUCAUAUUGUUCCACAUGAUGGUGAUAUGGAUGGAGAUGUGGAAAGAAAUGAAGAUAGUCCUUCUUCUCUUGACCCACCAAUUUGGUCUGAGAUUAUGCGUUUCUUUUCCAAUCCGCGCAAGCCUAUGAUACUUGCCCUUGCUAGAGCAGACCCUAAAAAGAAUAUUACGACUUUAGUCAAAGCAUUUGGAGAAUGCCGCCCAUUGAGGGAGCUUGCUAACCUUACAUUAAUCAUGGGAAACCGUGAUGAUAUUGAUGAAAUGUCUAGCACAAAUGCAUCUGUUGUUCUGUCAAUUCUUAAGCUGAUCGACAAAUAUGAUCUCUAUGGACAAGUGGCAUACCCUAAACACCACAAGCAGUCUGACGUUCCUGACAUUUAUCGUCUAGCAGCAAAAACCAAGGGUGUUUUCAUCAAUCCGGCUUUCAUUGAGCCAUUUGGGCUUACUUUAAUUGAGGCAGCAGCUUAUGGUUUGCCUAUUGUUGCCACAAAGAAUGGUGGUCCUGUUGAUAUUCAUAGGGUUCUUGACAAUGGUCUACUUGUUGACCCCCAUGAUCAGCAGUCUAUCGCAGAUGCUCUUCUGAAACUUGUUUCAGAUAAGCAACUUUGGGCAAAAUGCCGGCAGAAUGGACUGAAAAAUAUUCACCUUUUUUCAUGGCCAGAGCAUUGUAAGACAUACCUAUCUCGAAUAGCCAGUUGCAGACCAAGGCAGCCACAAUGGCAAAAAAGUGAUGUUGAAUAUGACAAUUCAGAAACAGAUUCACCUGGUGAUUCCUUGAGAGAUAUACAAGAUUUAUCUCUAAACUUGAAGCUUUCAUUGGAUGGUGAGAAAAUUGAAGGGGGUUCCAAUCUUGAUAAUGUUUUAGAUACUGAAGAAAAUGCUGUUGAUGAAAUGAGUAGAGCAGAAAAUGCUGUUUUGAAAUUGUCUAGGGGUGUUAUAGAAGGCACACAAAAGGCUGCAUCCGCAGAGAGAGCAGACAAUAAUGUCGGCCCUAGUAAAUUUCCAGCAUUGAGAAAGAGGAAGUAUAUAUUUGUAAUUUCUGUGGAUUGUGAUACAACCUCAGAUCUUCUUGAAAUUAUUUCAACAGUUGUUGAGGUAGCAUGGAAGGACAGGGAUGCAGGAUCCGUUGGGUUCAUAUUGUCAACAGCCUUGACCAUAUCAGACAUACACUCUCUUUUGAUCUCAGGAGGCUUGAGCCCAACCGAAUUUGACGCUUUUAUCUGUAACAGUGGUAGUGAGCUCUACUAUCCAUCAUCAAGCUCUGAGGACAGUCCUUCUGGGCUUCCCUAUGUGGUAGACUUGGAUUAUCGUUCACACACUGAAUACCGCUGGGGUGGAGAGGGUUUGAGGAAGACUUUGGUACGUUGGGUUGCUUCUAUCAAUGAUGGAAAGGCAGAAGGACAACUUGUUGAGGAAGAUGAAUCAGGAUCGACCAUGCAUUGCUAUGCAUUUAAAGUGAAAGACCCAUCAUUGAUUCCCCCAGUUAAGGAACUUCGGAAAUUGAUGAGAAUUCAGGCUCUCCGAUGUCAUGUUAUAUACUGUCAAAAUGGUCCAAAGCUGAAUGUGAUCCCCGUGCUGGCCUCUAGAUCCCAAGCCCUCAGGUAUCUGUUUGUCCGCUGGGGCAUGGACCUGUCAAAUACUGUGGUCUUUGUGGGAGAGUAUGGGGACACAGAUUAUGAAGGAUUGCUUGGUGGUGUCCGUAAGACUGUGAUAUUGAAGGGAGUUGGUACUGGUGCACAUAAGCUUCAUGCUAACAGAAAUUAUCCUCUAGAACAUGUCUUUCCAUUGGAUAGUCCCAAUGUUGUUCAAACUGAGGGAUGUAAUAGUGAUGACAUUCGAGCAUCAUUGGGGAAACUAGGGGUUCUUAAGGGGUAGAUCAUUCUAGCUCACGAGCUCCUGGUGUUUUGGAAUCUAUAAAUUUUGUAUUGAAUAUCUGGCUGUCUUAUAUUAUUGACUUGUCAUUGUGGAUUU